AUGGACCUCGAAACAGCAGCGAAGGAGUACCAGGACGCGAUAUCAAAAGUACAAUUGGUCGAGCGCAAUCCGGCUCCUAAUGGAACAGAGAUUGUAAGCAUGUACCGUACGGGUGUACGGGAAGCGAACGAUAUUGUAACUCUUGCCAAGGAGAUAAAAUCGGCCGACGUAGCGGUAACGAAUAAUGCGUGCGCAAAGUUGGUUAUGAUUGCGGAACAGAUUCGCUUUCUGCAGCAGCAAGCGAAGAAAAUCCUGGAAGAAACACAAGCAGCUCAGGAAUUGCACCAUGCCGCUUGUAAUUUUCGUAAGAUUCCCGGUCACAUCUACCACCUGUAUAAACGGCCAUCUGGUCAAACUUACUUCAGCAUGCUGUCACCGAACGACUGGGGACCAAACGGAUGCGAACAUUUGUAUCAGGGUAGUUAUAAACUGGAGUAUGAUCAAACGUGGACAUCGGCGGAUAAAAUCGAGCAGGUACAGGAGAACAUACGAUGGGCACAUCGAGUGCUAGACACGGGAUUAAAAUCCAAUCGGAACGGUUUCCUAUCGAUUGAUGGUGUACCGGCAGAUGAUAAGCAAGAUGAAUCAUAG